CGAUACUUCUUCACAAGCAAAUUCUAAUCCCCGCUACAUACUAAAAUAGAAAACAACUAUUCAACUAGAGACAGAUUAAGAAACUUCACAUGAUCAUAACUCAACAAUUGCAGGCUUCAUGGUUUGAGUUGUAUACUUGUAUUCGAACCCUAUAUACAUGUAGGGGUGUUCAAAUGGUUACCAUGGUUAUAACCAAAUCAAAUAAGGCUAAAUUACAUUAACCAUGGAAUACAAUAUCAUAACCAAACCGUCCAAACUAAUACAACAACCAAAUUAACCAAACUAAAGUUUAAUCGGUUUGGUUAAUUGGUUAACCAGAUUAACCAAUAUAAAAUCACAUUAUCAUUGACGAUGAAAAUUUUCCGGUUAAUGCAACAAUUCGCAAUUUAUAUAAUGAAUAAAACAUAACAAUCAACACGUAGUUAUAGUUGACCCUUAACAAAAAAGACUUGCAACUAAGACAAUUAUCUUACGAUUAGUAUAAAAGUAUUCACCUAAAAAAAUUUUAUGACAAUGGUAUGGGUUAAUGAAUUGUUGUGUUUGUGUAAAUUGACUUAGUCUCUUAGCAAUUAUCAUAGGCUGGAAAUAACCUUCCUUUCAAGUUUUCAUCCAUCAUAAUGUAUGAAAUUUAUCUAAAUUAGGCGUCCAUAUGUUGUGGUCUACAUUUUACAUAUACAAAUAUACACUAUAUGAGCAAUAUUGAGCUUUAUAUUUUAUGAGUUUAAAAGGGAUGAACGUUAACUCUUGAGUGGUUAUGCAAAGUAUUAAGUAUGUGUAUAUAAUAUAUGUUAGAUAUAUGACUAAUUACUUAACUGGUUAAUUUGGUUUGACUGGUUAGGAGUAUCUGAAACCAAACCAAACCACCUAAACCAAACCAAAACAAUUAUCCAAAUUAACCAAACCAAAUUAUCCAAAUAGUACCGGUUAAAACGGUUACCAUGGUAACCAAACCGUUUGAACACCUCUACACCUCUAUAUACAUGUGUGGAGUGGGAUGUGGUGGGGGAUGAUGUUAGACGCCAUUAAACUCAUUCUCCUCCUCCUUGUAAACUUCUUAGCUUAUUUUAGGGGUUUUAAGUGUAGAACUUAAAAUAAUGUUAGUUUUAUCCUGGAAAAAAAAAGUCUCGUAAAGAUAUUGUGAAAACUCAAAACAUUUUUUACGAGCCACUUUAUCAUAAUUUUAAUUUUAGUUUUUCAAUUUCGAGCUAUCAUGCCUACACCCUCAUCCAUUUGAAUCCAAUAAUUUUUAAGAGACCUAUCAAUCUCAAAACAACUCGUUUCCUUACUUGGGCACCAUCACAGAGCAACUAUCACUUCUAGUUUGACUUCAUCACAUGUUUUAUCAUGGCUCAGAUUCAACAAUGCAGAUCGUCUUGAUUACUUGCACCUGGCUGGCUGAGGGGUUCUCCUGGAAGGACAAUGUCACAAAUAUGAACCGAGACUGUCACUUGAUCUUUAGCAUCCCAUCGACUUCGACAAUUUUCUCGCAGCUCAGCGUAUGAGUUUUUAGCAAUGUCAGAACUCAGUAGAUAACAUCAAACAAGGGUCCUAAAAAGCCGGACAUGCAAAUCAUAAGAUGACCUACCGCUCUUUUUCCCCAUUAGUGUACAGAAUGUUACUUAUAGUAUGGUAGUCUAGCGAAUACCUAGCACAUUCGAUUCAAGGCCCUUUGGGUCAAUCUCAAGGUUCCCGAAAGAGCAAAUGUCAGAGUGGACAAUCUCCCAUUUAGUUACACCAGCUAGAAUGAAAAACUAGCUCACUCACCGAGUUUAGUAUAAACGCGAUGAAGUUUCGUAUAAGCUUUGGAGCAGGUUGAUCGAGAAGGCCCCUUCCCUGGAGAAUUGGCAUUGAUGUAGAACCAGUCUAACAUGAACGAAUCUUCAUCUUUUGAUCGACCGCCAGAAUGACCUUUGCUUUGCAUUGUCAUCUGCCUAGACACUCUCCAACACAAAUGGUCUUCUAUUACCUUGAAACAGCAAACAGAAGCUGCGGGUUUUUUUUCAUUUUACUUUCUCUUGUAUUGAAGGUUCAUAUUUCAUACAUUAAUAAAAUAGAUUUCAUAAAGAAGGUUGUCACUUUUUCAACAACGUAAUCUUCAUAGUUGAAAAAACUUCUCAACACUUGUAGUUACAUUAGCUACAAAUACGUAAUAGCUCGAGAAGCCAAUAAAUUUCAACGUACACUUCAGUUCCUUCUUUCCGUUUAUGGAAUCACAUCCUCUCGUCCUAUUUCGAUUCACGAACAUAUAUAGGUCCAUGUCUGACUUUCCAGAAAUUUAUGACUUGAUCGGGGUAGAAAAUCAUUUGGAUCGUGUUUAGUGAGCUUUGCACAGCAUAUGGACAUAAACACUAAGAGUCACAACAUCACCUAUUAACAACAACCACCACCUUCUAAUCCUUAACUCUCCCUGCUUACCUCAUACAAUGUUGAACAAAGCAUUAUGUUUGCAUUGAAGAGAGUAUCGAUGAUGCGCCCUUGGUUGCUCGUGAUAAUCAUGUCUAUGCUGGUCUCUACGUACCCGCCCGUGAUUUGCAAUGCUGAACAGCCUCGCUGCUAGAGUUGGACCGAUUCUUCGAGGGUGGUUGUACGCGAUCUAACCAAAGCACUGCUGCUGCUACCGCUCGCUCCACAUAAGAGUGCAGGAAGGGGUAGCAGCAGCAAGAGGCAGACAGACAGACAGAUCUACACAUAAUGCAGUUAUGAAUGAGGGAAGACAACCGGUGAACGAGAUAGCUAAUGGUUCGUUUUCGUUUACGGCAGUAGCUAAUAGACCACACACACAGCCUUCAUGGUGUUGCAGAUUCGAGCUAGGUUUCUCAGGACACUAAUUUUCCUGGGAGAAAGGAAACAUAUGGAUGCUUAGUGCCAGGGUUAAUUGUGAUGCGUUGCUGCUCUUCCCAAUUGCAAUGGCUAAAACAUCAACUCUACACACAAUCUAACAAUACACUGGUUGGACACGAACCAAAGCCAAUUCCAAAGUUGAGCACAUUAGUGCAUUCUGCCUCAUAGAUCAUAACUCAUAGUAAAUCCUAAUUCGAAAGCCAUCAUGAAAUUAGGAACCCUAACCACAGCUGUGGAAUCCCACCAAACAUACAAACAGACUCUAAUUAUGACAGCAUAAUAACCAACAAGAGAAGGAGAAAUCAGGAGAAUUCCAAAUCUACAUCACUUAUAUGUAUUCAACAAACAGUACACUGCAUAGUGAAGUAAAACAUAAGCCUGGACAUCUUUCCAAAAUUAUAAUCCCUAGAAGGAAGAGACGGAGAAGCUAACUGAGAAUGGGGGAAACAGAGAAAGAAGAGCUCGCCUGCCAUGGGAGGAGUUGAAUCGCGCUCAGUUGAUGUCCGAGUCGUCGAAAUCGUCCUCGAAACUAUUGAAGAAAUCGGCGUCGGCGAGCUUGCUCUCGUUCAUCAUGCCUUCGCUGAACAUUUCGAGCGGGUCAACGUCAUCGACGUCCAUCGCCACCGUCGAUCCUUGCUCUUCCAUUUCGGCGAAGAAAUCCAUCUGCAUCGGCCUCAUCUCCAGUGCUGAUCUCCGAUCAAUUCCCUCGCCCUUUUCCCCGAGAAAAAAAAAUCUACAACCCACGAAUCGCCCGAUGGAAAUAGUAGUUGCUUGGCUAGUAGAAAGAACACAGUCAUGCUUAUAUACAGCGAACCGACACCAUACUACGGCGUCGUUCGCCCAUCAGGAAACCCGGCGCGCAUGAAUUCCUGCUGCCAAUGCCAUCCGGUAAACAAAAGACUCGUCUUGGGCUUUUCGUGUAUUUGGGCCGGCUCGUGAAUGAAAGAGCUGAAGGCCC